AGGGAACGAGCUACAGUCUUAUAAGCAACGUUAGAUUUUGUGUUGGACUCCAAAAGACAGAUUUGGUUUAUUGUGUGUUCCAUCGGUCGUGCACCAGUAUCAGCGAAUACCGACACACACAAUACGGAGGUGACAUGCUGCUGCACACCCUCCAGGCGGUUCCGAGCCUGCUAGGGGCCUACCUGACGGCCACGGGCGUCUUCCAGCUCGCACUGUCCCAGGUGUCCGCUGCCCGACAGAAAGAACCCAACGAAUUGACUCAAAAAUCUCUUAGUGAUGAUCGGUGGGAUCGUUUGGACUACGUGCGUGCUCAUGGGACUUGGUUUCCACUUUGGAAGUGGCGGCAAUAUCCCGCUGCUGCCAAUUUUUAUGCUUACGCUGGUCUUUGUCCACUGUGAUGCUAUUCUCAUUUGCGCGAAUUCCUCGGUCACGGAGGAAGCGAUCUACACUCUCUCCUCCUUGCUACUUGCACUCCUCGGACUCGCAGGACACGUUGUAACAGAUGACCGGCUGCAGAGGAUACUCGCGCUGGGGUGCACCUUACUGGGGGUACUCAUAGCCGCCCGGAACGUCAUCACGCUGGCCUGGGCUGCCGCAUCCUCUACCCUCCAUCGCCAUGACGCUGGCGUCGACGCGGUAUCGUCCGUACUCUCCCACGUGUGCGACACACUCUUAGGGGUGCUGUUCAUGUUCGUCGCACUCUGGAAGUACUGCCGAACGGACGACACAGGGUCGCUGGAGUUUACACUUACGUCGACAGCGGUCCUGAUAUCGGUCUGCCUGAUGGACAUGUGCAUCUUCCACCUGGCCCAGGACAAGGAGCCCGCACUCCGCCACGCACACCGCGCGCUCUCCGGGGUGCUGCUCGCAUUGCUGGAGUGCGUCACGAUGACGAAACAUGUGGAGCAGUUGCCAGUAGCACGUGGUGUAUAGCAUCGUGCGGUUCGUCAUGCCAAGUAAGAUUUUCACAGAGCUGGAUAACGAAUUUCCAUCUUGACUGACAGCUCUUGAACUGUUUCUUAAAUUAUCAUAAUAUUCAAAGCCCAAUACGACCCUUUGCCAAGCUUUUCUGCUAUGGUUAACUUAAUGUGGUAAAUACUUACUGAUUCCUUUCCAGCCCAUUGUUUCUUUACCUAUCAACUACAAUUAGAUGACAUGUGGAAUAAUCGGGUCUACUGCAGGAUGAUUGUGUCGCUCUGGCACAAUAUUUCGGCCACGUAACUCGUUGCCUUCUUCAGGUGCUACC